AUGGUCUAUCUACCUAACGAGUAUCGAGAAGUACCACCUCUAGAUCUGCUCUCCUGGCUCUUCGACAACAACAGCGUAGAUACAGAAAAAGACAUCCUCAUCGAUGCCGCAAACCCUGAAACUCGAUCCAACACUCGUCAAGCAAUAUCCUUGACUCGCAAACUCAUUGCUGGAUUCAAGGCUGCUGGACUAGAAACAGGAGAUGUCGUGUGCGUACAUGCGUUCAACUCCAUCCUCUAUCCUCUACUCUACUAUAGCAUCAUAGGCGCAGGAGGUGUAUUCGUAGCAUCGAAUCCUGCGUACAAGACUCUGGAAUUGGAGCAUUUGAUAUCGAUUACCAGCCCCAAGUUUUUCAUCACUGAGGCAGCAGGGCUUUUGGAUAUUGUAUUGCCCACGACAAAGACUGCGAUACCUUUGGCCGAGACACUGGCUGCUAUCAACGAUGAGCAAACGGCAAGAUCGACAAUCGCGGUGCUUCAAUCAACAAGCGGCACUACUGGGGUGCCUAAGGUAGCCGCUUCCUCACACUAUGCUCUUGUUGCCUCUGGCAUUGCGAUGCGAGAGUCUACUGUAAAGCUAUAUGCAGUCACACGACUUAUUCCUCUACCUCUGUUCCAUUCUUUCGGCGCCUCAUUCGUGCAGAUCUCUGCAUUUCACUGUGGCGAAACUGCGUGCAUCGUGCGUAAAUUCGACGUUGAGGAAUUUAUGGGUGCGUUGCAGCAUUUGGAGAUCAGCGAAAUUGCGGUCGUGCCUGCUAUGUUGACGAGUAUCAUCAGACAACGGAUCUCACCUCUGGCUCUCAGGACUCUGCGACGCAUAUGGUGUGCUGGAACGCCUCUGUCUGGGGAGUUGAGGAAAGCAACGUAUGAACUUUUGCAUCAAGAUGCCAUUAUCAUUAUCUCUCAGGUCUGGGGCUUGACGGAGUUUGGUCGGAUCACCACGUCUGAUCACCGUGACCGAGGUGACGAAGGUAGCGUGGGUAGGUUGUUACCGAAUGUGGAAGCGAGAAUCGUAGACGCACAAGGCACUGAAAUCCUCGACGAGGGACAAUCAGGCAAGUUCCAGAUUCGGGGACCUUCGGUGACGAGCCACUACUCAAAGUGUCCUCUCGAGACUGCAGAAGCAUUCAAUGAUGGCUGGCUCAAAACGGGCGAUUACGGGUACGUGAAAGGCAAUAAGGUCUACAUCAUAGGGCGCAUCAAGGAACUCAUCAAAGUGCGUGGAUGGCAAGUCUUACCCACCGAGAUCGAAAACGUGCUUUUGACGCAUCCUUUCAUCGUCGAUGCCGCCGUAAUCGGUGUGACACUUCUUGGCAGAGACUCCAACGAUGAGCUCCCUCGUGCGUAUGUUGUGACCAGUGGCGGGAAGUGUAGAGACAUAGACUUGUUGGGGGUGGUGCAAUACGUCAAAGAACGCUUGGCUAGCUUCAAAGCCUUAGACGGAGGUGUGGAGUUCGUGUACUCGAUUCCAAGAAACCACAAUGGGAAGAUCUUGCGUCAGGUGUUGAGGGAAAGAGCAAUGGCGGAGGUUGCUUCCCAUACUACCAUUGCAUAG